AUGGUCAGUUCUGUCCCUGGGGGUAGUGAUCUUCUCAGUUCGGAGACAAAUAGCAGCGUAAAGGACACAAAAAUUUCAAUUGAUUGCAGUAGGCCGGAGUCUCCGGUUGUGGAAACUUGCUCUAACCCAUGUACGCGAGGUAAAAUUCUAUGGUUGGAGAUAACUGAAAUUUUUUCAGUAAAAAAGAAUGUCAAUGUUGAAUCCUCAUCUGCAGUUGUGUACUCAUUCCUUUUCCAUCAUAUGACUAUGUUUGAAGGACUUCAACUUUUUGAGCAGCUGUUUGAUAGUUCAGAGAUUACAAGGCUAAAUUCGUUAGCAAAUAACUUGAGAGCCGCUGGUCAUAAAAGAGAGUUCCGUGGGCGUACCUUUGUUGUAUCCAAGAGGCCUAUGAAAGGGCAUGGGAGAGAAAUGAUCCAAUUAGGCAUCCCCAUUGCUGAAGGACCUGCACUAGAUGAAACUACAACUGGGAACUCUUCUGAGCGGAAGGCGGAGGCUAUUCCAAGCUUGUUGCAGGAUGCCCUUGAUCUAUUGAUCCAGAAUCAGGUUUUGACUAUUAAGCCUGAUUAUUGUAUUAUCGAUUUUUUCAAUGAGGGUGACCAUUCACAGCCUCAUCUUUGGCCAUCGUGGUAUGGGACACCUGUUUGCACUCUAUUUUUGACGGCAUGUGACAUGGUUUUUGGUCGAAUUAUUGAAGGAGAUCAUAGAGGAAAUUAUAGAAGUCCCCUCAAGCUUGCCAUUAAAUCUGGGUUCGUCUUCCUUUAUCCCACUAUGAUAUAUGCAUUUUAGUGCAUCAUAUAUUAGAUGUAUCCAUACAGCAUCUUGUCCAUACAAAAUAUUCUGCUCUUACAGACUUUCUAUUGGGUACCUAUAUUUUGUUUUAUUUGUUAAAAUUUGGAUUUCUCAAACAGCGAGCUUUAUAUUUCAGCUUUUGAGUUACCACUCCAAGCAUUAAUCCACUGAGAUCCCAAGGCUUAUGUAUAAUUUCCAGUUUUAUUUAAAUAUAAAAUUUUCAUCAGUUACAAUAAGUAAAUUAUAGUAAGGCCUUACUCAUAUUCAUUGAGGUGAGGUUUAACAAGUUAUCCAAGUUAACAUUAUGGUCCUUAUUUAUUUCCUCUCACCUAUGUAUCACGUAUACUCCCAUCCUGAAGCCGUACCUAUGUCAGACAAUCUGACAUUCAGACCUGUGUUGGACACUGACACUUUAUUAGACAUUCGUUAGACACAUGUAUGUACUUAAAUUAUUUCUACAAUUAUAUAAUACAUCCUUUCAGUUAGGUCACAUGCCCUAUUCACUUCUUAGACAACAUUUCUCACACGUCAUAUACAACCCUUUAUUCAUAUUACAUGCUCGAGAUACCUAUUUACUUUCAUUUACACAAUAUAGUAUAUAGUGCAGAAAUGCCACCAAAAUGUUGACUUUUAUAAAAGGAAAUUU